AGGAAACACAAAUUCCCCAGCCUCUCUCUGCUCUCCCCCAGUAUGACCUCCGCGAGCUAGGGUUUCUCUCGCUCCUCCUCCUCCUCCUCUCGCCCGGUGAUUUCACCCCCUCGAUCGGCGGCGUCGCCGUCGGUUCCGCUCUCCGGCAGGUCCUGCUCGUCUCGGCUCUCAUGGAGGCUCAGGGGAUGGAAGAUGCUAGCAAGUCGGAGGCUCGCUCCAUAUCGGCCGCGGCCUUCGUGGAAGGCGGAAUCCAGGACGCCUGCGAGGAUGCUUGCAGCAUCUGCCUCGAAGCUUUCUGCGACAGCGAUCCGUCCACGGUGACCACUUGCAAGCACGAGUUUCAUCUCCAGUGCAUCCUUGAGUGGUGUCAGAGGAGUUCUCAGUGUCCCAUGUGUUGGCAACCCAUCAGCCUGAAAGAUCCCACCAGUCAGGAAUUAUUGGAGGCAGUAGAACGGGAGAGGAGUUUUAGGUUUAACCCAUCAAGAAAUGCGACAAUCUUUCAUCAUCCCACUCUCGGGGAUUUUGAGUUACAACAACUACCUGUUGGUUCUACUGAUUCUGAGCUUGAGGAGCGUAUCAUCCAGCACUUAGCUGCUGCUGCUGCUAUGGGCCGAGCACGUCACAUUGCCAGAAGGGAAGGCCAUAGGAACCGGUCUUCAGCUCAUGGUCGUCCACAUUACUUAGUUUUCUCUACUCAUCCUAACACCCCUCCUAGUGGUCCUUUUCCAUCUGCGUCCCCACCUGCUAGGCAUGGCGAAGAUGAACAAGCUCCUGAAGUUACAGUUAUCACACCUCCAUCACCUGCUACCACCGUUCAGGAUGAAUCUGAGCAGCCAAUAGGUCCAUUGACCUCUUCCCCAGUGGAGCAGGGUUCGUCUUCACCUAGAGUUAUUGCUGUUAACCAGCAAGGAUCAUCAUUGAUCAACAGGAGAUCACCAAGUCAUUCCUCACCAAACAAUCAGGAUAGGGGAGGACCAUCUGAGUUGCAAUCCUUGUCAGAGUCCCUGAAAUCUCGAUUUAAUGCAGUGUCUUCCAGAUGCAAAGAAUCAAUUUCAAAGAGCACACGAGGGUGGAAAGAGAGACUGUUCUCUCGCAACACUUCCAUGGCAGAUCUUGGUUCUGAAGUUAGAAGAGAAGUUGACGCAGGGAUUGCUACUGUGUCACGUAUGAUGGAGCGUCUUGAAACGAGAGACAGUGGCAGGACCAGUUCUGCUUCUGUGUCUAACAGUUCUGAGAAUUUACCCGGUCCAGAACCUGAAAACCAGCAGAUCCCUGAUGCAGUUGGCGAAAAUUCUUCGAGUAUCACCAACCAACAGGCCUCAUCUGCUACAAGUUCUUGUUCCAAUUAAUGUUGCUUCAUCAUUUGCUCCGGCUCGAAGCGUGAAUUAUCCGAGUAGAAGCACCUCAUUUUGAGGAUGCUGAAUCUAUAGGCGUGAUGCAUGGAUGCGGGAUCUUCUUCAGGAGUUCGUCAAUCACCCCGUCAGCACGGAAAAAAGAAGAAGAUUGUUUAUUAAGAUAUAUGUUGGAAUAAAGAAACUACAAAACAGCUCUAUGUUUUGAUGGUUAAACUCGUAUACCGUUGUAAAUUCUCCUAGAUUUACUUUUGCAGCUGCGCAUACUCGUACUGCAUAAUAUCUAUCUUCUUUGGAA